AUGUGUACCCGCCCGUACGACAACGAGCCGUGCAGGUGGGCACCAGAAAGGCUGAAUUGCGGGCACGUCUUCCAUGGGCAGUGCAUCAAGCCGUGGGGCGCCGUCAACCUGGCUUGCCCAGUCUGCAACACAACCCACAUCCAGCUUCUUGGGAAGACGCCCGGCGACGCCAGGGCAGCAAGGCACCGGUACUCAUUCAGCCAUCUCGAGAGCUCGGUCACCACCAAGGAUGACAUCGCCGUCGGCAGCUCGAGCUUCCGGCAACGAGAUUGGGAUUGA